AUGGUUUGAUUAGUCUCCGGCCCCCUGUCUUCUCUUCUCUUCUUUUCUCCCUCCUGCAGUCGUACUAGUCGCAGCAUAAUUGUUUCCAACCUGAGGGCUACAGAGAGAGAGAGAGAGAUCUACUCCAUAACUCAAGCUGAAGCCCCCAACCACCACCACCCCUUCUUCCCCCUAAGCUUCCCCUCCAACAUCUAUCCAUUUCAUCUGCCUCUGCCGUGCCGCCGCCGCCGCCGCUCGCUCGUCACCGAUCUGACUCACCCGGGAAGAACACGCACACACCAAGGAAGCAAGCAAGCAAGCAAGCGCCGCCCCCGCCCAGCCGGCUGCUCUCCUGCCUGCCUGCCAGGCAGACUAGAGCGCGGCGCCGCCUUGCUGAAUGUUCCUGCAAGCUUGACGAGGACUGCUGACACCAUAGCAACCGAGGAUAAUGAGCUGGUGUUGCCUCCCAAGAGCCAAGAAGCAGCAGCACAAUCUCUACUCCCACAGACAACAGGAGAUUCUUCACUCCAAUACCAGCAUAAGCGGCAUUUCGGCGGAGAAGAACAUAAGGCUCUUCUCCCAUGCGCAGUUGAGAUCAGCAACAGACAACUUCAACCACAACAAUAAAGUCGGCCGAGGUGGAUUCGGGAUAGUAUAUAAGGGAACCCUACAAAACAAGCAAGACGUUGCAGUCAAGGUUCUCUCUGCCGAAUCCAGACAGGGCAUCAGAGAAUUCUUGACAGAAAUUGAUGUUAUCAGCAAUGUGAAGCACCCUAACCUGGUCGAAUUGAUCGGCUGUUGUGUUGAAGCAGAUAAUCGCAUUUUGGUGUAUGAGUACCUAGAAAACAGCAGCCUCGACCGUGCACUGCUGGGUUCUACCAGCGAUCCUGCUAAUUUUACAUGGAGCGUAAGGUCUUCCAUAUGCAUUGGUGUUGCUAGAGGUCUUGCAUACCUGCAUGAAGAGAUCCCGUCACCGAUCGUGCACAGAGACAUCAAGGCUAGCAAUAUACUCAUGGACAAAAAUUAUGUACCUAAGAUCGGGGACUUUGGUCUGGCCAAACUAUUUCCGGAUAAUAUCACCCACAUCAGUACCCGAGUAGCUGGAACAACAGGUUAUCUUGCACCUGAAUAUGCAUGGCAUGGUCAAUUGACUAAGAAAGCAGAUAUAUACAGCUUCGGGGUUCUUGUCAUCGAGGUCAUAAGCGGCAAGAGUGGUUCGAGGAGCCUGCUGGCUGAUGAUAAGUUUCUUCUAGAGAAGACUUGGGAGCUGUAUGAAGCAGGGAACCUUAAGGAACUGGUUGAUCCAGACCUUGGAGAUUACCCUGACGAGGAGGCCAUCAGGUACAUCAAGGUGGCCCUCUUCUGCACGCAGGCAGCAGCGGCACGGCGCCCAACGAUGCUGCAGGUGGUCAAGAUGCUGUCCAAGCCCAUCCGGAUCAACGAGAGCGAGCUGACGGCCCCGGGGUACAUCAACGAGUACAAGAGCAGCGGCUCCAAGGAAAUGGCAACCACAUCCACCGGCUCGAGGUUCAAGAACUCGACGGCUUACGAUUCGGACAUGUUCAGCACGGUGGUGCCGCAGACAGUGACCGACAUCAGCCCUAGGUGAAACAAGGCACCAGGGGGGGUGGUCUGCUUUGUUUACUGCCAAUAUGUAGGGUGACAGUACCAUAGAUCCUGAGUGCGUUUGUGUUAAUGCGGCAAGUAGAACUUGUAAAUAAAUAGAUUAGUGAUUCAUGCCAGGGCAAUGUAAAAUUAUUGACAGUAUGAGGGUAGUGGAAUAGCAAUUCCAGAGUGAUCAAUCAGGCAUGUCAUCACAUCCAGUUAACUUCUCAGCUUUUGGUUUAGGACCAUAAUGUAUUCAUCCAGCCAGUCUGGAACCAGGAGAAAACAGUAAAGAGUGCAGUUGUUUGCUGUGAUACUAA